GGGCUGAGAGAGAGACACGGCGCGCGCCCCUGGUCGCGCUCAUCCUACCUGUCUGCAGGGGCGAUGGGGGGAGGGACGAGCAGAACACCCGCGAGGCUCCGGCGCCGGCUGCUCCAGCUGCUGCCAAUGAGGAGGCUGAGCGUGCACCUGCUUAGUGCACGAGCCGCCUUCCACGCGGCUCCUGGGGAUGAUGGGGAGGAAGUCCUCCGUCUUGCACAGAGAGCACGAGUCGCGCUCUGUUUCCCGAGGAAGGAUGCGCGCGGCAGGAGCGAACAGAGGUGGCAGCUGCAAAACCAUGCUGUGCCCGAAGCAGGGUCGCUUCAGAACGAGGCUGCCACCACCAAGUCCUUCGCGACCGCUGCAAGAGCGGCAGGCAUGAGAAGGAGGCGCCUAGCCGCUCUAUCCCUCCCCCUUACGCGGGGCGGGGGGGCCCACGCGCCUGUGUGUGUGUGUGUGUGCGCGCCUGUUUGGGAGAAAACGGAUGGAAUCAGAUCGGGUAAAUGUCGUGUUUGCCGAGUUGAUCAAAACAGGCUGCAGCAUUUUGUAAAUUGGAAGCAGGUCAUCACCCAGACUACCAGGCUGCUUACUAAAUGUGAGCUCCUCCAGUACUUAAAAAUGAUAUCCUAUCCCAAAAUUAGGAAUCAGCUGGGCAGAGCAAGAUGCAGCACCCUGGAUAGUUCCCAGUGA